ACGACAUACAAGCUCAUGUGGCGCUGUAGUCGACUGGAUCCGCCCUAUUUACUCGCUACAACUACGCACGGUGAACCAUUCACUGCCUUAUUCAGUUGCCGGCUUAUUCAGUUGUCAACCACGCGAAAGGCGGACGCUCUUGCCCAGCCUGCCACUACAAUGGAUACAUGAUAUGAGGUGAAGGUCGACACGUUCAGUUACUCGUCCAAUCUUGCCGCCAUGUUGACAACUUUUUUCAAAAGAAGGCGCCGAGCGUCCUCCAUCACCUUUCUUGGACUAGUAGCCUUCAUGUUCCUGUGCUUAUGGAACUUUUCUACAAUGGACAACCCUUCUCAAACAUAUGUGCACAGAUUCAGACUAUUCGGCGGAGCUGCGGAAGAAGACCUGCCGUCUGACUUUUACAAACUACCGGCGGAUGAUCCUACGCUGGUGGAUAUAGUUCGUAGCAAGUUCCGGUCUCCAUCGACAAUGGAUUAUAACCUGACUAAACCAGACCAGCGAGACUUCUCACGCGGACCAAGUGAAGUUAUUGACGGGAUCCUUGGUUCAAAGGAGAACGGCUUCUUCGUUGAUUGCGGGGCCUUCGACGGCGAGUCCAAGUCGGUGACUCUGAUGUUCGAGAGGCUGCGACACUGGCGGGGUCUGUUGGUGGAGCCGAACAGGGACCGCUACCUCCAGAUUGUCAAGAAAAACCGGAAGGCGCAUUCCAUCAACGCAUGCGUGCGCACAGACAUAGAGAACUAUGGUCGGCCGGAGAAGAGUGAUGAACGCCUUGGAUAUUUUGAAGGCAGACAACGCAACGAUGUCAAGGCAGUUCCAUGUUUCUGGCUAACGACGUUGCUCCUAGCAACGGGACAAAAGACCGUCGAUCUCCUCAGCCUUGACCUCAAUAGCAAGGAGAUGGCCUUGCUACAGACUAUAGACUUCGACAGGAUCAAUGUCAAGUCAAUCAGUUUGGAAAUUCCGAUAUCCUAUGAGGGGAAGUCUAUUAUAACCAUCUUGGACUACAUGAAAUUAAAAGGAUUCUCCGCAAUGCAUCAGUUUACAGAUCACAUUCACAAAACAAAAGACCUCGUUUUGAAAAAGACAAAUUAGGUCAAGGUCAUGGAGAGUUGGCUGAGUGUUUUGGGAUAUUACAAGCUAGAGUUCGACCUGCUGACAUUAUUGCUAUUGGACUCCUUAACACACAUAUCUGUACUCAGAUAAUCAUUUCACAAAUAUACAAAGUCGACUUUGUGACUUAUACCGGUUCCAAAUACUGAGUUGACGUCUUUCAAUGGAAACAUGAAGUUGAGAAUGGUCAUGACGUCACAGUGUCGAUGGAGCCGAGUUGCAACGAUUUUGGUCCUGCAGCUGUGUGAUGCGACAUCCUUGUUCAGGGCCUUUCCCAAAUAGAGCUGUCGCUAGAACCUGGACAUGUAACAGACUAUUGAAUAGGGAAUCAGUAAUCUUAAAGUUUACAUUUAUCCUUGUGCGGAUAACCAUGAACAGUGUCACCAGCCCUAGACAUGGACAUUCAUCUAUGCUGUAUUUUUGGAUGUUUUGAUGUAGUUGACACUACAAGGAUAUUUCAGGGUAUGAAAUAACGGGCUGGGUGGAUCUCAACGCUUGACAAGGAUUGUUUUUUUAUGCUCCGGGUAUUUACAAUGACAAUCCAGUUGAAGUAGUCAAUACUUGGAUGUCACUGUGUGGACGCUGAUAAUGUUGUCUUCCAUUGACAAACACGUACACACAUUUACACCUCAUAUUCCUCAUUGUCUGCAGUGUGCCGUGCACAUCAUAGGAAGGAUAACGCACUGUAUCAACAUCUAGGUAACAGGUAUCUAUCUGUACGUCACGGCUUAGAGAGUGUUUGUCUCAUAUACACGUACUCGUAUAUCUCGUAUAUACCUGACAGUAACAGGGUGAGUGAGUGAGUGAGUAUGGUUUUACGCCGCUUUUAGCAAUAUUCCAGCAAUAUCACGGCGGGAGCCAUCAGAUAGGGGAUCGAUCAUUGAGGGAAGGGCCUGUUGUCACUAGAAAGGCGACAGUCAUGUGUGUGUGUGUGUGUGUGUGUGUGUGUGUGUGCGUGUGCGUGUGUGUUCCAGCUAUACAAAAAUAGAGUUAAGACCAGACAAUCCAUUGAUUGAUAUAAUGAGCAACGGUCAACGCCGUCGAAGUACGUUGACGUACGCUCACGUCAACCCAGUCAGCCAGCUUCUUACACCGUGUACCAAUGGACAAUGGCAAUGACACCCGUCUUUGGCGUGAAGAAGAACGAACGCCUCAACCACUAGGCUACCCCGUUGCCCCUUUUUCUCAUGAAUUGAUCUCACUUGCGAGUGAAGGGAGUGAAGGGAUGUUGUCUCAGAGUUUAAUUAAGAAUAACGUUUCGUGGAUGAUUAAGCCAUUACUAACAGGAGUGAUGUCUCAAGGAGACGCAUGUACACGAGUGCUUGAUUUAUUGCUGUGUUGCGUUCAUACAUAAUUAACACAUCAUUGUAUCAGAUCAUACCAUGUUUAUUCCUUGCAUACGCCAUGAACAUUAAACGUAUCCUGUUCA